GUCCGGGCGAAACUUUCCCCGGCGGCUCCCGCUGCUGCUCUCGCGCCCGGCCGAUCCGAGAGAGCGGAGAAAAGGGGCGGAAUCCGGGGGGAGGCGCGGCGGAGAACGCUGCCUCGGGCUGCUGCUCAGCCCUGCUCGCAAGGCGCCGCGGAAAGUCGGGAGCCGAAGCGCAGCGGCCGCAGGGCCCCUUGGCGAGCCGGAGUGCACGGCCGAGGGACUCACCUCCAUGGGGCUCCCGCCUCCCGCCGCGGCUCCCCCGGCCGGCCAGUGACCCCCGCAGGCUGAGGACCGGAAGAGAGAGGGGCCUCCCCGCCGCGCUCCGAUCCCUCCACCUCGCCCGCCUGCCCGCCUCCCUCCUUCCCUCCCUCCCUCCCUCCGGAGAUGGCCGGGAAGAGCGCACCUGCGGCGCCCUCCGACGACACCUGGAUCCCCGCCGAGAAGGGGAACGGCUCCCCGGCAGCGUCGCCCCCCAAGAAGAAAAAGUCCAAAGGCGGCUCGUCCAGCCUGCGCAGGGCCUUCAGCUGGCUGCGGGGCAGGCGGAAGAAGAAGCAACAGCAGCAGAAGGGCCAGUCUGGGGCGCCCCCCGCCGAGGGCAAGAAGCAAGAGGGGCGCGGCAAAGGCAAAGGUGCCAACAAGUCUGAAAAUGACAAGCGACUGAGUGUCCAGUACAAGGCCAGCGAGGAGCAGCCCGACAAUGUCUUCUUUCCCUGCAACCGGCACCCUCAUCUGGAGGAGCUGCAUAUCCAGGCCCAGGCUGGGCUCAAGUCUCUGCAGAACCAAGAGAAACAGAAACAGACGAAACGGUCCUGGGAUCAGAGUGACACCAACAGCAUCCAGUCUUCCCGCUCAUCCACAGAGGGGGAUGAGCUCUCGAUCCGAAGCAAGACUCCAUCGUGCGUGACAGAGAACUCCUCAGAGGAUGCCCUGUCCAUCCGUUCGGAGAUGAUACAGCGGAAAGGCUCCACUUUCCGGCCACACGAUUCGUUCCCCAAAUCCUCAAUGAAGGGCGAGAAGAGAAGGAGAGAGCGGAGGACGACAGUUCUGGGUCUGCCCCAACAUGUGCAGAAAGAGCUGGGUCUGAGCAAUGGAUAUGACUCAAAGAAACGUCCUGGCAGCAUUGCCGUCAGAACCAGUCCCCAGCCGCCGGUAAACAGAGCUGAGGUGCCCAAUGACACCAUUCACAUUCCCACUGUGGAUGGAAAGUUACAGCCCACCGCCGUCCCUGAGGGUGGUGCCCGUGUCUCCCUCCAGGCCCUGGAGCUAGAGGCAACGUCGGACUGUGCCCUCCAGCGCCACAUCGAGCGCAUCUACUAUGAUGACUCGCUGCUGGGGCGGAAGACGGCAGCCAAACUGUCCCCUUUAGCCAGGCCCAAGUCACUGGCAGUUCCCUGGGUGACCACGCAACCUGGCUCCCCUGAGCUGCUGCGGCCCGUCAUGUCCAUCUCCCCUCAAGGCACCUACAUGUCCAAGAUCAUUCCCAACGCCAUCUUGCCUCCCAUGGUGGAUGUCAUUGCACUUUCCCGCCACAGGGUGCGCACGCUCAGCCGCUGCAGCCUGGCAACAGCAAGCCCGGCCUCGGUCCACUCACUGGGGCGCUUCUCCUCUGUCCCCCGCAGCCGCGAGCACUCCUCCUCCAGUGACAACUGGAGCCAUUCCCAGUCCACUGAGACGAUUGUCUCCAACACUUCCACCAUUUCUUCCCAUGGGGGCACCAACAGCCGGCAAAGUGAGGCAGGGCAAGACAGGCAGGCCCGGACAGCAGCCAGGCCCGAUCUCGACCAGCUCAGCGCCUACAGUGCCGUAAGUGGAGCCAGCUCCAGUUACAUUAAGGCAGCCCCUGCCUCACCCAACCUCCUGGGAGUACGGCCUCCAGGGAGCAGCGGCCGGGCUUCGCCUGCCUACAGCACCGGCAGCAUGGCAGACGGCUCAGAUACCACCAGCGUGCGCAGCGACCGCUCCAGCUCUCGCAGCGUCUCCCUCAGGAAAAUGAAGAAGCCUCCCGCGCCACCACGGAGGACUUACUCCCUGCACCAGAAGGCCCAGGAGCUGGAGGCUAGUGGGGCACCCAAGGCGAUGGGCCUGCCCCCCAAGCCGGAGCGCAGGCCCCAGCGAGAGAGCAGCGAGGGGUGGGCUGUGGCGCGGCUAGGGAGCCACGGUUUGGCUGGGGAGGAUGACGUCUUCUCCCCUUCCUCACAGAGUGAGACCAGCAGCCUCCGUUCUGACAGUCUUGCCUUCUCUGCAGACCUCUCUCACAGUGGCCCCCUUCCUGCAGAUGGGCAGCAGAACCUCCCCUCCAAGCAAGGAUCCCCAGACCGCUUUGGCCGCACCAUGUCGCCCUCCAGCGGGUAUUCCAGUCAGAGCGGCACCCCUACCCUCCACACUAAGGGCCUCCUCUCCCAUGCCUCGUCUCCCAGAAGCAAGAGGCCACAACCAAAGAAACCAGAGAGGGUCUGUUCUCUGCAGUCCCCCGGGCUCUCUGUCUCAUCCUCCCUGACGUCCUUAUCCUCCUCUGCCUCGGAUCCAGCCCCCGCUGAGAUGCCCCCCUCCGGCACUGCUCCUGCUCUGAAUAAGAUGGACAGGUUUGUUAUUCCCCCUCACCCUAAGGUCCCGGCUCCCUUCUCCCCGCCGCCCUCCAAGCCUCAACAGGCUGAGCCAAACACUGCCAGUAGCCCACCUCGGGCUUCUCCCUCUGCUAGCAAGGCCGACACAGCGCUCCCUGUUCCUUCCAAACCCAACAAUGGAUCCCCUCCUCCAUCUCCUCCUCCUGCUUACCACCCACCACCGCCCCCAGCGAAGAAGGCCGAGGUGAGCCCUGAAGUGCCUGGCGCCUCAGAGACUGAGCCGGAUUCUCCUCAGGAUGCACUGUGGCCACCGCCACCUCCGCCGGUGCCAGAUGAGCACGAUCUUUCCAUGGCAGACUUCCCGCCCCCAGAUGAGGCCUGCUUCUCCUCACUGCCUCUGCCAGAAGCACAACCGGUUGCAGCGGAAACACCCUCCGCCGAAGCCCCGGAGGCUCCUGUGGUGGAGCUGCCUGCCAACCAAAGAGCACCGUCUGCCGAAAAGGGCGAAGAAUCUACCCCUUCACCCUCCUUCUCCACCAUGGUCUCUUCCAAGAUCCAGCAGCAGAGAGUCCCAGACGGUGCACCGCUGCCAGCCUCCAAACAGGAGCCCCCUCCGCCUCCAAAGCUCCCCGCUGCGGGGGAAGCAUCUGGGCCUCAGCACAACCACAGAAAGGCUUUGGCCGCAUCCCAGCCCUCCAGCCUCCAAACCCAGCCAAGCCUUAAGAAGCCGGCUGGAGGUUCUCGCCCCGAUCUCAAGAAGGAACCUGCCUCUCGCAGUAAGAGCAAUGCCAUGCCAAAGGAGGAUGCUAGCCUGCCCAUUGUCACCCCUUCUCUGUUGCAGAUGGUACGCCUACGCUCAAUCAACAUGGACACCCAAGCUCCUGCUGUAAGCCCAGCUGCAGCUCAGCUGGCCGCGGAACACAACGGGACAGGCCCAGGGGCCAGUGGCAAGCCGGCGCAGGUCGCCCCCCAGAAGCCUAUCCGCAAGUCGCUGUCCUUGAAAGGUCCCCCGCCAGCUUCCAGAGAAGCAUCAUCUUCAAACCCGCUGCACGAUGCCGUGCGCUUGAAGGCCUCCACUCUGUCUUCCAGGACUGCUCCUGGCUUUGAAAUAGCAGAGAGGAAAGCCAGGAAUCGGCUGACCCUGCCAGCAUCCUCCACAGCAGCGACGGCUUCCCCUGGCGAGGCAAAAGACGGCCAGUUGUCCCCCCUCCACAAAUCCCCAGCCUCUACAGCCAGUUUCAUCUUUGCGAAGAGCUCCAAAAAAUUAGUGAUUGAGACCCCAUCAUCUCCGGAGGCCCAAGCCAACCUCAAGAAGAAUCUCGUUGCCGAAUUGAUGAACGUCUCCAGCCUACGGCCUACAGCAGCCUCGGGGCUCGACCCACAGGGCUCAGGAAAGCCCCAGGCCCAGAAGAAGACCCAAAAGAUCCCCCCUCCCAUAGCCAAGAAGCCUUCACUUGGACCAGGGCACCUGCCAUCACCCCAGAGUCCAAAGCCACUAGGAGCAGAGGAGUUGAGCUCCUCCCCGUCAGCAGUUGGAGACAGGACUAAGAGUGCAGGGACUGGGAACCAGGCCUCUCCCAUGGAAGCUGGCAGAAAAAGCCCUCCUGCAAGGGCGGACAUGCUUCUGCAGAGCCCCCCAGCACAAGGUAAGGGGGCUGGGCAGGGUGGGGAGAGGGUGGCCCCAAGUCCUGGGAGCUCUACCCGGAGGAAAAUCCUGUAGUCUUUACCUGGGAGAGGAGUCCUUUUCCCUUCCUGUUGAACUAGCCUCCUGUAUCUCUCCUGUUUCUCAGUCCUCAGACAGGUGUUUCAAGGGAAGACUACAAUGUGAGAUUGCUGAACUUGAGUCCGUUCACAAAUUCAGAACAAUGGAGCCCCGCAAGGCUGAAUAGAAACAUAAAGAUUCUUAUCUCACGACAGAUGCUAAUUUUUGCUCUAAUCAAGCUGCAUGGUACCAUUGUACCUUUGCAUCCAAAUGCCCUUUUUUUGCAGCACCCCGCCCAUGUAAUUAAGCUGCAUUGUACCUUUGCAUGCUGUUGUCCUUCCUUCAACACCCCUCCCACUUCUGGCCGGGAUGUAAAGGCUCAGGUAUCUCCAUUUCCCUCAUUGGCCUCCCUCUCUGCGUCUUCACUUUAAACUGGCCAUUUUUCCAUUCAGACAUCUCUGCUGCCGCGUUGCUUUUCCCCUUUGCCUUCUGUCCUUUCUCAGUAUGCUCCUCAUCAAGCCCUUUAUUCCUCAGUCGUCAAUUUUCCAGUAAUCUCAGAGGUUUCCCCCACCAAAGGCUGCUCUGCCUGCACUCUUUCCCCCUUGCAGCUCCGUAUCUCCAGACUGGCCCUUUCACAUGAGUCUUUGUUCUCCCAUUCAGAUGCCACCCAAAGGUUCCCUUUGAGCAAGUUCUUGGUCGCUUCCACACUCACCAUUUCCUCUGGAAUGGCAGUAGUUUGUUCAGAAAAGCUAUAACCAGCCACAUUGGCCCACACAAAAUCCAAAAUCAGAUCAUAACUUUUUAUUAGGGCCAAACAAAUGGACACACAACAUUGUGGCAAGGUUUUGAGCGCACCAGAUCUCUUCAGUAGGCUUGGUGUCACAAUUUUUAAAUUA